GUCAUUAAGUUGAUAUUUAUAUUCGAGUGUAGCUUUGGAACUUGCAUUCGGUUCCACGACGCAAACGAGUGAGAUUCGCUGUGUGUAACCUUUAUAUUUCGAGGAGUGACGAUAUAACUGUCUUUCUAUUUCCAUUUCUAAUAGCGUGAAAUUUUUCCGUGGAUUUUCAAUGAUGCUUCGCAUUGCCAAGAUCUUUUCUUCCACUAGCAAAAAUCUCAAUAAGACCAUCGAGACACCUUUGGGUUCCUGCGUCACGUCCAGAUGUUUGGCUACCCAAGCGGCAGUAAAAGUCAGGGAGGAAAGACAACAAGAAAAUGCCGCCACAAAAGAAUCUCAAUCUUUUACCAUGAAUCUCUUCCGCGGCCAGUUGCAACUAAAUCAAGUGUGUCCAUUUCCCGAACCUAUGACUCAGGAGCAAACUGAUACGAUAAAGAUGCUUGUUGAUCCUGUAGAGAAAUUCUAUGAGGAAGUAAAUGAUGCAAGCAAGAAUGAUCAGAAUGAAUGUGUGGAUGAGAAAACAGCAGCAGCUCUCUGGGAUAUGGGAGCGUUCUCUCUGCAAGUGCCUACGGAAUAUGGCGGAUUGGGGUUAACAAAUACUCAAUAUGCUCGAAUUGUCGAAAUAUGUGGUUUUUAUGACUUAGGUAUUGGUAUUACACUAGGUGCACAUCAGAGCAUAGGAUUCAAGGGCAUACUUUUGUUUGGCACACCGGAACAGAAGGCCAAAUACUUACCCCGAGUUAGCAACGGUGAAUACGCCGCAUUCUGUUUGACGGAACCGAGUUCCGGCUCCGAUGCUGCUUCGAUACGCUCGCGCGCAGUUAAAUCCGCGGAUGGAUCGCAUUACAUUCUCAACGGCAGUAAGCUUUGGAUAUCGAAUGGUGGCAUCGCUAAUAUCAUGACCGUGUUUGCGCAAACACCUAUGAAGGAUCCAAAAACGGGCGAAACGAAAGACAAGAUAACUGCUUUCAUCGUGGAGAGAGGAUUUGGUGGUAUCUCUAAUGGACCGCCUGAGAAAAAAUUGGGCAUCAAGUGUAGCAACACGGCUGCGAUUUUUGAAGAUGUUAAGAUCCCAGCGGAGAACGUUCUCGGCAAGGAAGGUGAAGGUUUUAAGGUUGCAAUGAACAUUCUGAAUAAUGGUAGAUUCGGUAUGGCCGCUGCUCUUUCCGGCACUAUGCGUUUCUGCAUCAAGAAAGCCGUCAAUCAUGCAACGCAACGCGUGCAAUUUGGUCGCACAUUGGACAAUUACGGCUCGAUACAAGAAAAGUUGGCGCGUAUGUCUAUAUUGCAUUACAUCACUGAAUCCCUCGCAUAUUCGAUUUCCGGUAAUAUGGAUAGUGGAAGCCAAGACUAUCAGUUGGAAGCAGCUAUCUCGAAGUGUUUUGCAUCCGAAUCCGCAUGGUGGGUGUGCAAUGAGGCUAUUCAAACUUUAGGCGGAAUGGGUUUCAUGAAAGAGGCCCAACUCGAACGUGUUAUGCGCGAUAUACGCAUAUUCCCAAUCUUUGAAGGAACAAACGAUAUUUUGCGUUUAUUCGUAUCGCUUACUGGUAUCCAAUAUGCCGGAAGUCAUUUGAAAGAGUUGCAAAAGGCCUUCAAAAAUCCUGCCACGAAUAUGGGAAUGAUCUUCGAGGAAGCGACUAAGAGAGCGACCAGAGCAAUCGGUUUGAAAUCACCGCCUACCUUUGGGAAUUUGGUUCAUCCGAAAUUGGCGGAGAGCGCUGCGCUUUGCUCGGCGUGCAUCGAAAACUUUGGACAAGUUAUUGAAUCCUGCCUUAUUAAAUAUGGACGAAAUAUUGUAGACGAACAAUUUAUCCUCAACAGGAUUGCACAGGCUGCUUUUGAUACAUAUACUAUGGCAGUUAUCUUAAGUAGGACAACUAUGUCGUUGAACAAAAAUCUGCCUAGUGCAGAACACGAAUUAUUAAUGACACAAACUUGGUGCAUGGAGGCGUCAAGUCGUGUUGCGUACAACUUAAAACUGGUCAAUUCCAGCAAACAAUUGGACAUCUUUAAUAAAUUGAGUAAAAUUUCGAGAAACGUUUGUGAUGUAGGCGGAUGCGUACAAUUAAAUCCUUUGGGUUUUUAAAGACAGUAAAUUUAUUUAAUAAAAUUUGUUUUACGGGAUUCUUUAUCAGAUCAAAAGAAUAAUAGAAAUUGCUUUCAAUUAAUGCAGAAAAAAUUGAAUAUUUUCAUUUUCUUUCAUUCUUUCUCAGUUCGUAUUUUAAUUUAUAGAUUGUAAAAAUAAAAAAUAUAUAAAAAAAUAUAUAAAAGUAAAAAAUGUAAAGUAUAAAUAUAAAAUUUAUAAUGUCUAUAAUGUAAUAUCUUCCAUGAAAAUUACUUACAAACAAUUUCGAGCAAUCAACAAUGUAAAUAGUAAACUUAAUAAGGUGUAAAGCAUAAGGUGUAUCAUGUAAAUAUAAAAUAUUAUGUAUUUUUAAUAUCUCUUUAUACCUCUUUACAUGAAACGGCGAUUUCAGAUGUAUAUAGCCAUAAUACAAACAAAUAAUGCGGUCCGUCUGACGUUUCUUUUCUUAGAUGCUGUUUAUUCACUUUAUAUAUCCAUCAGUGUUUUGUUAAAAUAAUAAAAAUAAUUUUAAUAAAAAUC